UUAUGAGCACCUAGGAAGACUGUGGGAAGGCUCGACGUUGCGCGUCAACCUGGCGAGUCGCCCCCUCUUGCACACUCGCUCUCGCAUCCGACUCUCUCUGCCCUACUCUGCCAAUGGGGCCUGUUAUCUCGCUUGCCUUGCCUCGCCCGCAUACUUGUGCUUUCAGCCUUCCGCCUUCUUGCAUGCUCACUCUCUCGGCUUCUCGUUCCCUCCCUGCCUUGCUCUCGCGCGUCCUCUCGACCUCACUCUCGACCACUACCGUCGUCUCAAUGGCUCAAUUUUUCAUACGCUCACUCUCUCGCUCGCCCGUGCGCUCGCCCAUCUUUGCUUUCACCUGCUCACUCGGUGGCUCAUCGGCUCUCUGGCUCACCCACUGGCUCUCGCCUGAUCACCUACUCUCGCUGCUCUCGCCUGACCACCUGCUCUCACAUACCCCUGCAUCAUCUCACCCGCGCAACCUCUCGCUCGCGCGACCUCUCGUCCGUGCAAUCUCUCGUCCGUGCAAUCUCUCGUCCGCUCAACCUCUCGCCUGUGCACUCUCUCGCUCGCACACCGUCUCGCUCGCACACCCUCCCGCCUGCACUCUUGCUCGCGCAUCUGCUCGCCCGCUCGCUAGUCCACACCCGCGCAAAACUCUUACCCGCUCUGGUGGGCCUGUAUACAUGCGGGUACGAGUACAAUAGGGAUUGAUGCGAGUAGUAUAUAUCACGAGUACUACCAAUGAGUCGUGUUGGCUGUAUUUGUAUUGUAUUGGAUCAUUGACAGUACAUUAUAAUGCAUCAUGUUUUUUCGCACC